GCUCUCCAGCGAUGACGCAUUCUUUCCAGUUCUUGAGUGGAUAAGGAGGGAGAAGAAGUGAAUCCCCGGGAACGCCAAGAAAAGAAAGAGCCGCAGAGAAAAUGGCUUCAAUCCCAUGUACUAGUAUCGCCCACCUCCACCGAUUCACUUCCAAACAUCCCAAUCCUCGGCCCUCUGCUCCAAAGCUUGCUUCUUCCUUUCUGGGUUUGCAAAACCGGGGCAGCUGGGUCCGACCCUGCAGUAUCGGACCCUCCAAUGGCUCCAGAGUGAAGUGCUGGUUUAAGUUCGGCAAGAAUGGCGUUGAUGCUGAAGGAGCUGGGAUCUAUGGGAGCCAGGCCCGUGAUGACUUUGACAGAGACGAUGUCGAGCAGUACUUCAACUACAUGGGAAUGCUUGCUGUUGAAGGUACCUAUGACAAGAUGGAAGCACUGUUGAGCCAAAACAUCCAUCCAGUGGACAUAUUGUUGAUGCUAGCUGCAUCUGAGGGCGAUAAGCCGAAACUGGAAGAGCUAUUAAGAGCAGGAGCAAGUUACAAUGUGAAGGAUGUAGAUGGAAGGACAGCCCUUGAUAGAGCUAGUGAGGAGGUCAAGGAAUUCAUCCUGGGAUUCUCAACCCAAAAGGCCUGAGCUUUUUCUACUGAUUAGUGUAGUUCAUAGCUAUUCCCUCCUUUGUGUUUAAAAUCGAUUUGAUUGUAGUAUUUUCAUGGGAG